UUUAAACCAGUCUCGACGAUUGACAGUGCAGCAAUUUUGAAGAUACGGGAGAAAAUUGUGGCUUCGUGUACGACAAGUAGACAUAAUGCGAUUGUGUUAACUUCGGUAUUACCACCACCACCUAAGAACACGCCCCCAUCAAUCCCAGAGUUGUGUGCUCGAUUCCAGUCAUCAGAUGAGGAAAGCAUUGUUGAAUUCAUCAGUCAAGCAAUUUCGGAUGAACAUCUGGACUACUUCAGCAGCCUCAAUCAAGAUGAUGGAGAGUGGUUGGAUGCACGAAUUGGGCGCAUCACUGCAAGCAUUGCUUCUGACGUUCGCAGUUUGAAAGACACUUCAGAAGGGAAGACAUUAAUACAGCGAGUCAUGGGUACUGCACCAAGGAUCCGGACAAAAGCAAUGGACUAUGGUCAUGCACAUGAAAGUGUUGCUCGGCAGAUGUAUUCUAGUGAAAUGGAAAAACACCACAAGGACUUUGAUUGCAACACAACAGGGUUGCACCUCCUGCCAGAAGCACCAUUUCUGGGAGCAUCUCCAGAUGGCAUAUCUACAUGUGCAUGCCAUGCAAAGAGAGUUGUAGAAAUCAAAUGUACUCUGAAGCAUAAGAAUUUGUCUGUGAAAGAAAUUCCAGCGAUAGACCCUUCAUAUCAUCUGGAAUCUUCCAGUGGAGAAGUUCGAUUGAAGACAACAUCAUCCUGGUACUUUCAGGCCCAACAACAGAUGGGAGUUCUCGGCGUUGAUAGGUGCGACUUUGUCAUUUACACCAGAAAGGGCAUCCAUAUCAUUGACAUUCCAUUUGACCGUGUUCUGUGGGAAUCACUGAAGGACAAAGCAACUCGUGUUUUCUGCAAGAGAAUAGUGCCAUUGCUCAUGAAAUGAACUUGCGUUGAAAGUAAAAACUCCAUGAUUGACAUUCCUUAUGACUGUGCUCUGCGAGAAUCUAUGAAGGUGAAACAGACUCGUGUUUUUUAUGUUGCUGAGAAAUGCAUCCAUCAAACUAAAUGUGAAAGAAUGUUUACCGUCAUUUUUUAUCUUUCAUUUUACUAGACAGUAUUUACUUUGUGCUCAAGGUUCCUGUCUGUUUACUGUGCUUGAUUAAUAAUAUGUUUGAAUAUCAAUUAAAUUAUUUAUCCACCAGUAUUUUGUUACAGACUUACAGCUGUCAUUUCCAUUCAUUGCAUGAAUAUUUAUAAUAAAAUAAAAUUUUGGGUGAUUAUGUGAGUUCAUGAAAUGUUAAUUUCAAAUCCAAAACUAUGUUAUGUAAAAUUUCUUUUUCUUUCAUUUUCUUGUGGGGGGGGGCAUCACUUGAGAGAAGUGUGAUUGUGUGUGAGCAAGUCUUACAAUGUAUGUCAGUUUUGUUGGUGUGACUGCCGACUGCUAAUGUCUAUAUAGUGUUUUAUGAGAAGUGUGAGUGUGCAUGUCUGCUAGUGAUUGUGCAUGUUUUAGUUAAAUAUACAAAACUAACUCCAGACUGACAAUGUAUUAUUACCGAUCAUGUACCGAUGAUCACUUUGGAGUCUGUUUUGUUUGUGUGAGUGUAGCGAUUGGCUGAAAUCUAUGUUUGGAUGUUUACUGAGAAGCAUGUUUAUGUGUUGGUGUGCAUGCCCUUGUUGGAAUAUGCAAAACCUACUCCAAACUGACACGAUCUAUUAUUAACAGUGUUUUAGCAUUGGUCAGUUUGAAGUCUGUUUUGUUUGUGUGAUUGAAAGAUUAGUUUGAUAUCCAUGUGUGUGGGGGUGGGUAUGUACAAAUAUAAACAUUUCUUCCUCUCCCCUUCUGUCUCUCUCUCCUCUACCCAGCUCUCUUUCUCACUUCUUUUGUUUCCUUUUUUCUCCCCCCCCCCCUUCUUUUACCCUUCCUCUCUUUGUUUCUGUAUCUUUUUUUCCAUCCCCUUUACCUCACUUUUAAAGAAAAAUAUUCUUCCUCUCUUUUUCCCUAUUUCCUCCUCUUAAAAAUAUAUUCUUGCUCCCU